GGAAAAAGUUGUUUUGAUUUGAUAUGAAAAAUAAUAAUUAUUAAUUUAUAGGUGUUAUACCACUUACAAGAACUUGACGGCGACGUGCAAAGUUUCGCUAUUCAAACUGUUAACGGGAAAGGAGUGAUACGGUUGACAAAUCGGUUGGAUUAUGAACGAAAGUCGUUGUAUCAACUUCGAGUGCUGGCUGUGGACCGUGCGAAUCAAGGGAGGGUGAACACUGGUACUGCUGCAAUCCUUGUUAAAGUACAAGAUGUGGAGGACCAGCCUCCCGAGUUUGUUGUUGCCAGUCCCGUGACUAGGAUCAGUGAAGAUGCUCCCAUUGGCACUUCAGUCUUGCAAGUUCGAGCCAUUGAUGGAGAUCGAGGAAUCAACAAUAGGAUAUCAUACAGCAUUAUAUCAGGUGGAGAGGAACACUUUGACAUUGACAGCAGUUCAGGGGUUGUGUACACUGUCAACCAACUUGAUAGGGAAGACCCCAAUAACAGCAAUGGGGCAUAUAUUUUGGAAAUAUUGGCUACUGAAGAAUCCCGCACCAUAUCACCAAUGCCCAGUGCUACCACGGAGGUGACAGUCAUUGUGACUGAUGUGAAUGAUGAGACUCCACGGUUCAGGAAUGACAGAUAUGUAGGAGAAGUGCUUGAGAACGCACAGCAGAAUACACCUAUUACAUUCUUGCAGGAUGCUAUUCCUGAAGUUUUUGAUUAUGAUCAGGGUAAAAAUGGUACAUUUGAAUUAUACCUAACGGGAGAUCAUGGUGUGUUUGAUGUUACACCAUUCAAAGGUAUCAAUGAAGCUUCAUUCCUUAUUAGAGUCAAUGAUGCAUCUUUCCUGGACUAUGAAAAAGUCACUGUUAUGAAUUUCAGUCUAGUCGCCAAAGAAAUUGUUACCAAAGAUCCUAAAAUGAGCAUAGUGCCAAUAGUAGUCCAUAUAAAGGACGAGAACGACAACUUUCCAGAAUUUACCGAGUCAUUGUACACAGUGUCGAUACCUGAGAACUGUGGGGUUGGCACCACUGUCGCAUGGGUGCAGGCCCUCGAUCAGGACUCAGAUAAUUAUGGCACCAGGGGAAUCAGAUACACCAGUCUUGGAGGAAGUAUUGCGAAUUUGCUAAACCUUAACCCAAUAUCAGGAGUAAUAACAGUAAAACAAGCGGGCGGUGACAGUUUCGACCGGGAACUCAUAUCUCGCCAUUACCUGACUGUUGAAGCCAGAGACGAUUUAGGCAAAGGCAACAGGAAUACAGCCCAGUUAAUUAUUAACAUAGAGGAUGUAAAUGACAAUGCGCCAAUGUUUCUAGCCAAUAAAUAUGAGGCUAGGUUACUGGAAAAUGAAAAGGAGUUUGAAAACCCACUUGUGCUCGAAGCUAGGGAUCUGGAUUUGAAUGGAACAAAGAACAGCCACAUUGAGUACUCAAUAGUUGGUGGAGAGUAUAAGGAUAACUUUACGAUAGACCCGAACUUGGGCAUUAUCACCCCUGUUGGAGGAUUGGACUUCGAACAGAUACCGGGCGAUAACAGUAACCUCCGGCCUAUACAUCUUACUGUACGUGCUCGCGACUUCGGAGAACCGUCUCUCUCAUCAACAGUACCAGUGACAAUUUACGUACAAGAUGUCAACGACCACGCCCCACUCUUCCAGCAAAUGAUGUACAAGAGAUCGAUACCUGAAGACAUGCCUGGAGGAACCAGCGUGCUUGAGGUUAAAGCUCGCGAUGCAGAUGGCUCAUCCCCUAACAACCGCGUGGUGUACAGAAUACAGCGCGGAGCGAGCGAUAAGUUCGUAAUAGAGUCCCGUACGGGAGUAGUGUCCGUUGCUAACGGGUCCACUUUGGAUCCCGACAAAACUACGCCUAAAAGCAAUCGCUAUACGCUAACUGUGGUGGCGUUGGACGGUGGUAUAGGUGACCAGCAACUGAGUGCGGCAGUUCUAGUGAAUAUUACUAUAGUUGAUGUGAACAAUAAGCCGCCUGUACUAGUUGAGCCAGGCACUAUCGUUGUUAGAGAAAACACCCAGGUAGGAACACAAAUAUACCGCGCCUCAGCCCACGAUCCCGACGACCAGCCAGUACUACGCUACGCCAUAGACAAGGCAAGCAGUGUUGCCAGAGAUGAGGACGGAAUCCCUAUAUCUUUGACAGAAUAUGACUUUCUUGCAUUAUGGGACCUGAAUGCGGUCGACGGAACACUAAAAGUGGUUAGACUCUUGGACCGAGAAAAGCUGGAAAUAGUUAAACUAGUGAUAACGGUAGAAGACAUGGCCGCCAUUGAUGGUGGUCCUCGACAGACUGCAUCAGCAACACUCACCAUAGUGAUCGAUGAUGAGAAUGACAACAACCCAGUGUUUAGAAAACCAAUGUACAAAACUUCCAUCACUGAAAACUCUAAGAAUGGAGUCAAUAUUGCUACCGUUAUAGCGGAUGAUGCUGAUAAGAAUAAGAGUAUGAAUUAUUUUCUUGAAGGACGUGAAGACCUUCUAAACUUGGUUCACAUGGACAGCAAAACAGGAGAAGUGGUAGUGGCCAGUAAGAUCGACCAUGAACUGUAUCCGUGGAUAAAUCUCACUGUGAAAGGAGUAGACAGUGGUGUGCCACCGCGGUACUCUGUCGUUGACUUAUUUAUACAGGUACUAGACGAAAAUGACAACAAUCCAAUAUUCGAGUCGUCAGCAUUUGAAUACAGGGUGCUUGAAGACGUGGAGCCGGGGACUACGAUAGCAAAUAUAUUGGCACGAGACGCUGACUCCGGCGAGUUCGGGAAGAUCACCUAUUUACUUGACCGAAUGUCCACACAGGGCAAAUUCUUAAUAAACGCCGAUACGGGAGCUCUGACUGUGUCCGAUUGGCUGGACCGAGAGACGCAAGCCACAUACAACCUUGUCAUAGAAGCGUGGGACAACUAUCAGUUUGGAUAUCUCAGUGGAGAGAGCCGUAAUGCCUUCAAGCAGAUUGUAGUCCACAUAGAAGACGUGAACGACAACCCUCCAAUCCUCCAUGUACCUUCGGAAUGUACUACUAUAACGGAGUUCCACAACUACCGGGAACCCAUUGUGUCAGUUUCGGCCACUGAUGCCGACGAUAAUUCCGCGCCUAACGGACGAGUGCAGUUCCAUCUGGUCGAAGGGAAAGGACAUGAAUUGUUUCGGUUCGAGCAAGUUGGUGGUGAUGCAAACACGGGUCGAUUGUUCGCUCGCCAAUCUUUAAAGGAUCGCUUUGGAAACUACACUUUAGUUGUGGAAGCUAGAGAUUUGGGCAUACCACCCAAUGUCGUUAGAGGAGAGCUACGGCUAUGUGUCACAGAUUAUAACGAUCACGCUCCCGUCUUCGUGCAUCCACCACAAAAUGUCACUAUCAAAGUGCCUGAGAACGCAACAAUAGGUACAACAGUAGUAGAGGUGAGAGCUAUUGAUGCGGAUAUAGGGCCAAACGGUGCCGUACGAUACCGUGUACGGCAGGACGCGGCCGGGGCUUGGCGAGCUUUCACCGUACAUGCAACCAGUGGAGCUCUCAGAACUACACAGCCCUUGGAUAGAGACAAGCAGACUACCUACCAGCUCAGAAUAGAAGCCUACGACCUUGGGCUGCCUACGCCACUUAGCUCAGACUUGGAUCUAACCAUCUACGUACAGAAUGUGGACAACUAUCGGCCGCGGUUCCCAAACAAGCAUAUACACAUCAACUUUACAGAGAAUGCACCGAAUAAUGGAGUUUACUUGCCCAGCGUCAUAGAGAGGGAUGAGAUAGACAGAGGCGAUGAACCCCUGUUACCUGUCUGCUAUUAUAUUGUAGAUGGCGAUGCGGAUAAUGUGUUUGAUUUACACAGGAGCACGCAUAGACUGACAACCAAAAAGCCAUUAGAUCGCGAACGAAAAUCAGAAUAUUUCCUUACAAUAUUAGCUUCAGAAGACUGCGUUACGCAGCCGAAAUAUGAUGAAGAAGUAGACGGAAUCAGCACACUAAAAGUUCACGUAAUCGUUAAUGAUGUUAAUGACAACGCUCCCAAGUUUGUCAGUAAGAUAUUUACAGGAGGUAUCACCACCGAAGCUGACUUUGGGAUUGAGUUUAUGCAUGUUAAGGCCAUAGAUUUAGACGAAGGUGAAAAUGCUAAAAUAAGUUAUUACCUAAUUGGAGAAGUUAAGGAAACUCUAGCAGAAGGCUUAGAGAAUUUAGCGGUGUCUCUGUUUCUAGUCAAUGUUGAAACAGGAGCGAUUUCCUUGAACUUCGACCCGCAGAAGGGAAUGAAAGGAUAUUUCGAUUUUAAGGUUCUAGCGAAUGACACGGGGGGUUUGCAAGAUGAGGCGCAUGUAUUUAUUUACCUACUGCGUGAAGACCAACGUGUCCGCUUCGUCCUACGCUCUCACCCGUCAGAGAUCCGAGACAAGAUACACGUGUUCCGUGAACGAUUAGCACGAGUGACCGAAUCGGUCGUAAACGUGGACGAUUUGAGGGUACACGAAAAUAAAGAUGGCUCAGUCGACAAUACUAAAACUGAUUUGUAUUUACACCUCGUAAAUGGUGAAGAUCAUUCGGUUUUAGAAGUCGAGCAAGUACUAAAAUUAGUUGAUAAGAACAUUGAGCAGUUGGAUGAUCUCUUUAAGGAGUUCAACGUCCUGGACACCCAACCGGCUGAGUACCAGCCUCUAACGGCAGAAACUCUUUCGUCCAACCAGACAGUGUUUUGGCUAGUAUGGACCACACUGUUCCUGGCUGUACUGCUCGUACUUACCGUCAUGAUGUGUCUGUCACAAAGAGCCGAUUAUGUCAGGAGGCUAAAGGCUGCUACGGCUACCGCAUAUUCGUCACCAACUCCUGGGGAAUCAGAUAUGACCAUCCGCAGCUCUGGAGGUCGAGUGCCUAAUACAAAUAAACACAGUACAAAAGGAUCCAACCCUAUAUGGCUCCAUGCAUAUGAAAAUGAUUGGUACAAAUCAGAAGAUCAACUCAGUCGCUCCGAACGUGACUCCCUCGACGAAAACGCAGUUGACCAAGACUUGUCAAAUGAAAAACCUUACUUCAUAACUACUGGCGCCUUUCCCUCACUAGAGUCUAACGAAACCGAACCCCAAACAAAUCAAGCAAAGUACGAUUUCUACCAACAAUUAGAACAAAUGAAAAACGCAAAAAAUAUGGAAACGACUGAAUUGUAAUCUGUAUUGUUAAUUGUAAUGAUAGAUAUUGAUAAUUAUGUGCCUUUGUAAAUUAUGUACCUCCAUUUUUAUCUGAAUACAUUUUGUAAUAAAUUAAUUUAUAGAAUCUCGUUUAUUUGUAUAGCCAAUUAGGUAUUUCCCAUCCGUUCCUCCACGAUCUUUUGAUAUGCUAUAAGUAUUCUAUCAAGAGUGGCAGUAUGUGCAGUGGGAACUAGCAACCGGACAACUCCACAAUUCGGGAUAUUUAUGUGAAUUUGUGUAGGAAUAUCUUUCUUGGUAGAAAUUCAUAUAUGACCAACCCCCGUUCAA